ACAAUGGGCGGCGGUGUCUCAUCUCUGCCGGCAGAGGUCUCCCUUGCCGAGGCGAAGGAGCUGGCGGGCGCCAGGUGGCAGCCCGCGUGGGAGGAGAAGUUCGCGGAAGCCAAGAUCUCCAGGGACGAGGCGGUGAAGUGCUGGAAGGAGUCCAAGGCCGCGAUCUCCGAGGCGCUCUACGAAAAGCUGCACGGUGCCGAGCGCUCCAGUGUUGUGGAGGCGCUGGAUUUCUCGGCAAUUUUGAACGAGAAGCGCGGGCAGCACCUGCCCGGCACGCGCGAGUGGGUCUUUGAGGCGGUCAUGCGCUGGCGAACGGAUCUGGAAGCUGCGAAACUCUUCUGGCUCGUCGGUGGCGGCGGCACGGGCAAGAGCGUCGCCGCGGCGGAGCUGCUCGCGCGACUGCUCGACAAACAAAACGCGGCCGCGUGGCACUUCUGCAAGCACACGGAGCCGGCGCGAUCAGCCCCAGCGGUGCUGUUGCGGUCGCUGGCGGGCAUGCUCUGCGCGACGGUGGGGGGCUUCGAAGACGCGCUGAAGGAGAGCGCGGGCGUCGAGACGGAAAAUGUCGACGAGCUCUUCGAGGCUUUAGUAGCAAAGCCGUUGCGAAGCGUCGAGGCGCCGCGCGGCGCGGACGACGCCCUCGUAUUAGUCAUAGAUGCGCUCGACGAGCUGCCGCGGGACGCGCUCAAGCCCGUGCUGUCGCUGCUCGCGAACGAGCUCAAGACGCUGCCGCCGUGGAUCAAGAUCGUCGCGACGAGUCGAGACGAGGCGCAAAUUAAAGCUGCCCUGUCAGGCUACACGCCGUCGGAGCUCCGCGUCGACGAGGCGCGGAACCGGCAAGACGUGAGGGCGUACCUGACGGUGCUCGCGAAGGAGCACGUCGAGCUCGAGGUGACGAUGGACUCGCUGCGGCACGAGGUCGAGGCGAAGUUCCCGGAGCUCGCCGGUCGCCUUGGAGGUUUCGCGGCUCUCGAAGAUCCGCUCCGUCGAGCCAAGGCCACGUACGCGGAAGCCAUGCGAGGCGUGAGCGGACUCGACAAGUUAGAGGCCUACGAGGAGCGACGAGAUCCGAACCUCAAGCAGGACGAGGGCGAUUUCGAGACACUCUACGCCCAAGCCGCAGUAGCUCAGAAGGUUUUGGUUGAAUCUCUGAAGAAACUGCGCGAUGACGUAAAAGACCCGGGCGUAAAGGGUCGGCCGCGGUCGUUGCAAAAGCUUGCCAACGACUACGGCGGCGACGCUCGAUAUCUAAAGGAUUUGUCACGAGCUACCAUUCUGUGUGAGACCUCCGACGAACUGCUCGACGUCCUGAAUCGGCUCACAAGCGUCGGCCUGGAGAUCGCACAAGUGAAGAAUAAAUUCGCGAGCCCGACGCCCAUGGGCUACCGCGACUUUAAUCUCAACGUCCGCGUCCCCCUAGACGACGGGAGCACACACAUUGCCGAGUUCCAGGUAAAUUUGAAUUGCGUCCUCGCCGCCAAGAAGAUCGCUCACAAGCAGUACGAAGUCAUCCGCGCGGCACUGCCAGCCAUGUGCAUGGACACAAGCGUCGAAGCAGAGGCGCUCGAGGCGUUCAUUUCAGAGCGCCUCAACUCGUCGGCGCUCGAUGCCGCCGUGGGUGCACUCGAGCGGAAAGCUGACGGACUCAUGCUCUACGCGCGCCUGAUCGCGGACCAGCUCGAGGCAACGAGCGGCAAGAUCGACUUUGCGAGCGUCGGCGCGCUGCCGGCGGGCCUCGACGAGAUCUACGCCGAGAACUUUCGACGCGUAUUCGUUGACGAUGCCUCGUGGGGCGAUGCGCUGCCGCUCGUCGAAUUAAUCUGCGCUGCUGCGGAGCCGUUGACGAUUGACGCUGCGAGUGGGGCGCUCGGCUGGGAUCGAGCGCGGUGCAAGAAGGUCUGCGACGGCGUGUCGCUGCUAUUUCCACUGCGCGAGGGCGAAGUUAUUGGUGUGUUGCACAAGACGGUGACGGACUGGCUGAUGGGCGAGGCGCCGUUUGACAAGCGCUCUUCUGAGGAUGAUUUCUUCGUCGCACGGGAAGCGGCGCACCGGCGGCUGGCGCGGGCAUGUUCUCGGACGAUUCGUGCUGGAGUUCUGGAUACGGAGUCGCACUCGAGCGACGCGGCCGCGGACGCAGCGCUGGCUUCAUUCGUCGAGGGCGAGGGUGGUCCGGCGUCGGAUGCUUAUGCGUUGCGCUGGUGUUUGUUUCACAUGAAACGAUCUUGUUCUGAGGGCGAGGCUGUUGCCGUCGCGUGUAGCCUGUCGUACGUGCGGAAGCGGAGCGACUGCGACAUUGUUUCCUUUGUGGCGGACUUGCGUGCUCUGAAGGGUCAGGACACACUUUUGUUGUCCGAUGCAUUGGUGUUGUCGCGCAACCUGCUAUCACGGGGACUGCCUCUCGUAGAGCAGUUGUGGCAGCGGCUUGUGCCGCGCGCAAAUGCGGAGUCGUCUCCUGCGGCGCGCCGCCUGGCCGACGAUUCGAGGCAAGUCGCGAGCAAGCUACAGCUCUCCGCCGUGCGACCGAUGGGUCUGACGGCGGCGGGUGGGGCAGAGCGGUGUCGGUUUGAGGUCAAGGUGAAUUGCUUGGCGACGUUCGUGGAUCCGGCGACGGGCGAGCCGCGGGUUGCUUGUGAUGUUAGUGAGGGAGUGAAUAUCUACGAUCCGGUCGCGGGUGGCGCGGCGCUGGUCGUGCUUGAUGUGUGUGGGGCUUUUGCGGUGGCAGUCUUCAGAGACCCGGCGACGGGCGAGCCUCGUUUGGCUUGUGGUUGUAGCGGGGGGAUAGACAUCUAUGACCCGGUUGCGGGCGGCGAGGCGCUGCUUGUGAUCGAUGGACGUGGUCAGCUGGCGGUCUUCAAAGAUCCGGCGACGGGUGAGCCGCGGCUUGCUUGUGGAGUGACUAUUAAAGACUCAGACUCAGACUCAGACUCAGACUCAGACUCAGGCUCAGACCCAGGACCUACUGGAAAGGUGUGCGUCUUCGACCCGGCCACGGGCGGUGCGGCGCUGCUUGUGCUCGAAGUCGGCUCUAAAGUGAAAGCACUGGCGGUCUUUACGGACCCGGCGACGGGCGCGCCGCGGCUCGCGUGCGCGUCGGGAGAGAAGGUGCUUGUCUUCGACCCGGUCGCCGGCGGUGACGCGCUGCUCGUACUAGACAUUGGUUCUAACGUGCAUGCACUGGCGCUCAUCAAGGAACCAGCGACGGGCGCGCCGAGGCUCGCGUGCAGCUCUUGGGAUGGGAAGGUGCGCGUCUUCGACGCGGUUUGUGGCGGCGACGCGCUGCUCGUGCUCGACAUUGGAUCUGAGGUGGCUGCACUGGUCGCAUUUGAGGACCUUGCAACGGGUGCACCACGGCUCGCGAGCGGGUCUUACGACAACAAGGUGCGCGUCUUCGACCCGGUCGCGGGCGGUGAGGCGCUGGUCGUGCUCGAGGGGCAUGCAGACUGGGUAAGGGCUUUGACAGCCUUCACGGACCCGGCGACGGGCGAGCCGCGGCUUGUGAGCGGAUCGUAUGACAGCACCGUGCGAGUCUGGAACCCAGCGGCGGGCGGCGCGGCGAUUGAGGCGGGGGCCGAGGGGCACUCUGAGAAUGUGAAAGCCCUGGUGACCUUUACAGAUCCGGCGACGGGUGCGUUGCGGGUUGCGACCGGGUCCAGUGAUGGGAUUCGCGUGUGGGACGCGGACACUGGUGGUGCGCUGCUCGUGAUAGACGUCGGCUCGAAGGUGUUGGCGCUGGUGUCCUUUGUGGACCCGGCGACGGGCGCGCCGCGGCUCGCUUGUGGAACAGGCUUUCGGAGAAACGGUGACGUGCGUGUCUUCGACCCGGUUGCGGGAGGCGAGGCGCUGCUUGUACUCGACGUUGGCUUGGAGACGUAUGCGCUGGCGUUCUUCGUGGACCCGGCGACGGGCGCGCCGCGGCUUGCAUGUGGCACGAGCAAAUACGUCUCCGCAAGAUGCGACUAUGUUGGCGACGUGCGCGUCUUCAACCCGCUCGCUGGUGGGAAAGCGCUAGUCGUGAUCGACGUUGGCUCGGAGGUGCACGCGCUGACGGUCUUCACGGACCCGGCGACUGGUGAAUUGCGAAUAGCUUGUGGCUGUAAAGACGGGAAGGUGCGCGUUUUCGACCCGGUCGUGGGCGGCAAGGCAUUGGUCGUGCUCGAGGGGCAUAUGGACACCGUGAAUGCGUUGAUUGUUUUCAAAGACCCGGCGACGGGCGCGCUUCGCCUCGCGAGCGGAUCGAACGACUGUUCUGUGCGCGUCUGGGACUUGGCCGCGGGCGGCGCGGCGCUGUUCGUGUUUUGGGGUCACACGGACGAUGUGAACGUGCUGACGGCCUUCGCGGACCCGGCGACGGGCGAGAUGCGGCUCGCGAGCGGGUCGGAGGACAAGACUGUGCGGGUGUGGGACGCGAGCAAGGGCGGUGCGGCGCUGCGGGUGGUUGCUCUUGAUGGUUUCGUGAUGGACUUGGCGGUCAGGAGCGGCAUGAGCGGGCUCUUCGUGGCUUUCGGGAACCGGUGGGGGGAGUUGCGCAUCGAGAGCGGCACGACUCCACUCACCCUAGCAUGCUAUCAGGGAGAUGUCGACGCAAUGUGCGUUCUCCUUCAGCAGGGUGCUGGCGUCGACCAGGAAGAUGAUGACGGCUAUACGCCACUGUUCGUCGCGAGUUCGAAAGGGCACGUAGACGCCGCGCGCUUGCUACUUGAUACUGGUGCCGCGGUCGACAAGAGGCUUGAGGGCGAUUGGUCGCCGUUUGGAAUUGCGUGUGCCCUUGGACACGUCGACGUGGCGCGGCUGUUGCUGGAAAAAGGCGUGGACGUUAAUCAGGCUACGGAGAACGGUCAGACGCCGCUGUACGCCGCCUGCCAGAACGGUCGCGUCGACGUGGCGCGGCUGCUGCUGGAAAAAGGCGUGGACGUUAAUCAGGCUACGGAGAACGGUCAGACGCCGCUGUACGCCGCCUGCCAGAACGGUCGCGUCGACGCGGCGCGGCUGUUGGUGGAUAAAUGCGCGGAGAUCGAUCGGGCGGACAGGGACGGUAUGACGCCGCUGUACGUCGCCUGCCGGCACGGCCAAGUCGACGCGGCGCGGCUGUUGUUAGAUAACGGCGCGGCGGUCGACCGGGUGACGGAGGACGGGGCGACGCCGCUGUACGCCGCCUGCGAGAACGGCCGCGCCGAUGCGGCGCUGCUGUUGUUAGAUAAAGGCGCGGAGGUCGACCGGGCGGACGAGGACGGUGCGACGCCGCUGUACGUCGCCUGUAAGAACAGCCACGUCGACGCGGCGCGGCUGCUGCUGGACAACGGCGCGGAGGUCGACCGGGCGGACAAGGACGGCGCGACGCCGCUGUACAUCGCCUGUAAGAACAGCCACGUCGACGCGGCGCGGCUGCUGCUGGACAACGGCGCGGAGGUCCACCGGGCGGACAAGGACGGCGCGACGCCGCUGUACAUCGCCUGCGAGGAGGGCCAAGUCGACGCGGCGCGGCUGUUGUUAGAUAAAGGCGCCGACGUGCACAAGGCCUCGAACGACGAUCGAACGCCACUUCACGCAGCCUCAUGCAGUGGCAACAUAGACGUCGUUCGGCUGUUGUUGGCGAAUGGCGCUGCUGCUGAUAUCGGCCGCGAGGACGAAGACGGCGACACGCCCUUG